CUGCAGGCCGCUGCUCUGUAGUCCUCUUGACAUCCUCUGAAUGAACGUGGUGAAGCUGCUCCAAGCUGACAGCAGGACGCACCGCAGGACGCACCGCAGGGCGCACGGCACUCCAGGACGCAGUGGACAACUCUGAUCUCACCUUGUGUAUCAUCAGAGGAUUGCUGCCAUGAUGGACGUCCCUCCAUUCGUCAUAGUCUGUCAGUUUAUGAUGAAGCCGACAAACAAACCCUGCAUACCCAGCUAGCAAUAAGUCUUUUUUUUUUUUUUUCUAAAGCUGAACUAAAGGGUUCUUUUAUCAUUUUAGUGAUAGAGAUUUAUUUAUAAACACACAUUACCUCAUAAGUCACCAUCAACAAUACAUUGGCUGCUUUGGUUAAAUACUAUUUUAAGCAGUGAUGGAUACAACUACACUAGCAACCCUGGCCACGGCCACCACGGUGGCUCUGGCCUCUCAGUCGGACAUGUCAGGAUACUUGUGGCUGCUGGUGCUCGGCUUCGUCAUCGCCUUCGUCCUGGCUUUCUCUGUGGGAGCCAACGAUGUGGCCAACUCCUUCGGCACAGCGGUGGGCUCCGGGGUGGUCACUUUGCGGCAGGCCUGUAUCCUGGCUACCAUCUUUGAGACGGUGGGUUCAGUGCUGCUGGGGGCCAAAGUCAGCGAGACCAUCCGGCAGGGGAUCAUCGAUGUCCGGAUGUACAACGGAUCAGAACACGUACUGAUGGCAGGAUCGAUAAGUGCAAUGUGUGGCUCUGCUGUGUGGCAGCUGGCUGCAUCAUUCCUGAAGCUCCCCAUUUCUGGAACCCACUGUAUUGUUGGAGCUACAAUUGGUUACUCCAUGGUGGCCAGAGGUCACCAAGGGGUCAAAUGGAUGGAACUGCUCCGCAUUGUGGCAUCAUGGUUCCUGUCACCUGUCCUGUCUGGUAUCAUGUCAGGAAUUCUCUUCUACUUUGUCCGCAGAUUCAUUCUGAACAAGGCGAACCCUGUACCCAACGGCCUGAGAGCUCUCCCUGUCUUCUACGGCAUCACUAUGGGCAUCAACCUCUUCUCCAUCAUGUUUACAGGAGCACCACUGCUGGGUUUUGACAAAGUGCCAUGGUGGGGUACGCUGUGCAUUGCUCUGGGCUGUGCCUUGGUCACAGCUUUGCUCGUUUGGUUUGUCGUCUGUCCACGACUCAAGAAGAAAAUCAAACGAGAAAUAGCUCCUGCUCCCUGUGAAACUCCACUGAUGGAGAAGAACCACAGUGAAGCUGCAGUAGCAGAGCAGCCCUCGUUACCUGAACCCCAGACGCCUCCAGCAGACAGUCAGAAGGUGGCUUUCAAACUUGGAGGCUCAGAGGAGGCUGACCUAGACAACAGUGACAUAGAAACCAAAGACCUGGAUAUCCUCAACGGUCUGAACGGCACCGUUGGCCCCAUGGUGAUCACUGAUCCUCACAGUGGACGCUCCCACACGAUCCACAAAGACUCUGGCCUUUACAAAGACCUGCUGCACAAGCUUCACAUGGCCAAGGUUGGCGACUGUAUCGGUGACAGUGACACAGAAGAGCGGCCGAUCCGCAGGAACAACAGCUACACCUCCUACACCAUGGCUAUUUAUGGAAUCCAAGGAGAUCCUAAAUACAAAGAGGUGGACGGCGGGCUGCAGAGGAGAUCCAGGGUGGACAGUUACAGCAGCUACAGUUCGGCAGUGACCAGCGGGAGUGCAGCCCAAGACGGGAGUGUGACUCAGGAAGCUGGCGGGGAUCUGGCGCUGGAGGAGGACGAGCUGGAGGUCGACCAACCUGCUGUUUCUCUGCUCUUCCAGUUUCUGCAGAUACUCACGGCGUGCUUUGGCUCCUUUGCUCACGGAGGGAACGAUGUGAGCAACGCUAUUGGUCCGCUGGUGGCUCUCUGGCUUCUGUACGACAGCGGCUCUGUGAUGUCCAACGCACCGACACCCAUCUGGUUGCUGCUGUAUGGCGGAGUGGGCAUCUGCGCUGGACUGUGGGUUUGGGGUCGGAGGGUGAUCCAGACUAUGGGCAAAGAUCUUACCCCAAUCACACCCUCUAGUGGAUUCAGCAUCGAGCUCGCUUCAGCCAUGACAGUUGUUGUGGCGUCCAACAUCGGCCUCCCUGUCAGCACCACCCACUGCAAGGUGGGGUCUGUGGUAGCUGUGGGAUGGCUGCGCUCCAGGAAGUCGGUCGACUGGCGCUUGUUCAGGAACAUCUUCAUCGCCUGGUUCGUUACAGUUCCGAUCUCUGGGCUGAUCAGCGCCGCCAUCAUGGCCCUCUUCGUGUACGUCAUCCUGUGAGCCUCCCACGGUGCAGCCACACCGCUACGUGAACCGAUGGACUGCCGCCAACAGCUCUUGUUUGACUCUGUGAUAAAACUGUGCUAAUAAACUCAUUCCAGCUGUUCUCUGUUAAUGAUUUAUAUUAUAUCGUUCGGUGUAAUUUCAAAGUCUGAUAAUACUGUGUAAAUGUUUAAAAGACUGUGAUCUUGUAUAUCCUCCUGUAUAUUUGUAUAAAAGCAAUGUGUAUUAAAUCAAAUGAUUACAUUUUGAUAGAAAAAGAAUGGGCAACAGCCAUAUUUUACAUUUGCAUAUUUGAAGAUGGAGUUGCUUGAUUUGAAGGGAUUUCAAUGUAUUUUACUCAACAUUAAACCUUUUUUUUGCCACUGA